CCCCCGCGCCGCCCGCUCCUUCCGCCUGUGCCGCGGGGCCGGGCUCCGUGCGGCUGCACUGGGGCCGGGCCCCCGCUCCGGCCGCGCCAUGGCGUCGUGUUCCGACAUCCUCCGCAGCGAGUUCCCGGAGCUGGACGGCGAGGUGUUCGCUUACGUGACGGGGAUCCUGCACAACAGCGGCGCGGACUUCGAGUCGGUGGACGAGCUGGUGGAAGCGGUGGGCGAGCUGCUGCAGGAGGUGUCGCGGGACGGCAAGGACGAGCGGGCCAUCCGCGAGGUGUGCCAGCGCCUCUUCAACUGCCUCCAGCUGGACGAGGCCCGGGCGCAGCGCUGCAGCCAGGUGCUGCUGGACGCCCCCAUCCAGCUCUCCCAGAUCACGGACGGAUACGAUGCCAGCACGGACCUGCUGCCGGGGCUGCUGCUGAAGAGAGGCCAGACAUCGAUGGUGAACGCUAAGAAACUGGAGAAGGCAGAAGCCAAGCUGAAAGCCAAGCAGGACAAGAGGAUGGAGCGGGAUUCCGUGAAGUCAUCCGGCCCUCUAGUCCUCGAGGAGGCGACCGCCAGCCAAGCUGCCAGCAAGAAGGAGACCCGCAUGGAAUCAUCGGGCAAGAACAAGUCGUACGACGUACGCAUCGAGAACUUCGAUGUCUCCUUCGGUGAGCGGGUCCUGCUGGCGGGAGCAGACCUGAACCUGGCAUUUGGACGGCGCUAUGGGCUGGUGGGCAGGAACGGGCUGGGGAAGACCACGCUGCUGAAGAUGAUCGCCAGUCGGAGCCUGCGCAUUCCCUCGCACAUCAGCAUCCUCCACGUGGAGCAGGAGGUGGCGGGUGACGACACGCCAGCCCUGCAGAGCGUGUUGGAGUGUGACACCACUCGCGAGAGCCUGCUGAGGGAGGAAAAGGAGCUGACGGCCAAAGUGAAUGCUGGCAGGGGAGAAGGGACGGAAGGCGCCAGGCUAUCGGAGAUCUACGCCAAGCUGGAGGAGAUUGAGGCAGACAAGGCCCCGGCAAGGGCGUCUGUCAUUCUUGCUGGGCUGGGCUUUAACGCGAAGAUGCAGCAACAGACAACCAAAGAGUUUUCUGGAGGCUGGAGAAUGAGACUGGCCUUAGCCAGAGCCUUGUUUGCCAGGCCAGACCUCCUUCUGCUGGACGAGCCGACGAACAUGCUGGACGUGAGGGCCAUCCUGUGGCUCGAGAACUACCUGCAGACCUGGCAGUCGACCAUCCUCGUGGUGUCCCACGACAGGAACUUCCUGAACACGGUGUCCACAGACAUCAUCCACUUGCACUCGCAGCGGCUGGACACGUACCGUGGGGACUUUGAGAACUUCAUGAAGACCAAGGAGGAGCGGCUGAAGAACCAGCAGCGAGAGUACGAAGCGCAGCAGCAGUACCGCGAGCAUAUCCAGGUCUUCAUCGACCGCUUUCGCUACAACGCAAACCGGGCAUCCCAAGUGCAGAGCAAGCUCAAGCUGCUAGAGAAGCUGCCAGAGCUGAAACCCGUGGACAAGGAGUCCGAGGUGGUGAUGAAGUUCCCCGAUGGCUUUGAGAAGUUCUCCCCUCCUAUCCUACAGCUGGAUGAAGUAGAUUUCUGUUAUGACCCAAGUCACUACAUCUUCCGUUCCCUAUCUGUCUCUGCUGACCUGGAGUCCCGCAUCUGCGUGGUUGGGGAAAACGGAGCUGGCAAGUCGACCAUGCUAAAGAUCUUAAUGGGGGAGCUGGCACCUGUCAGAGGGAUCAGACAUGCUCACAGGUACCUGAAACCUAAAAAUUGGCUAUUUCAGCCAGCACCACGUGGAUCAGCUGGACUUGAACAUCAGCGCUGUAGAGUUGUUGGCCAGGAAGUUCCCAGCUGCUCGAUCCCAAGGCACUGGGUGCCCUCAUGCCAUAGCCACGUCGUGCUGUGCUCCGCAGGGAAGACGGAGGAGGAGUACCGGCACCAGCUGGGGAGCUAUGGUGUGUCAGGGGAGCUGGCUGUGCGCCCGGUGGCCAGCCUGUCCGGGGGCCAGAAGAGCCGGGUGGCCUUUGCCCAGAUGACCAUGUCCUGCCCCAACUUCUACAUCCUGGAUGAGCCGACCAAUCACCUGGACAUGGAGACUAUCGAGGCGCUGGCGAAGGCGCUGAAUAAGUUCCGGGGCGGCAUCAUCCUGGUGUCCCACGACGAGUGCUUCAUCCGCCUGGUGUGCCACGAGCUGUGGGUCUGCGAGAAUGCCACCGUCACCCGCAUCGAGGGCGGCUUCGACCAGUACAGGGACAUCCUCAAGGAGCAAUUCCGCAAGGAGGGAUUCCUAUAGGGCCGGGGGGGGGGCCCGUGGUGGCCCCUGGCUGCGCUGCUCUCUGUGCCCUCACCCUGUGCGGUGUGAGGCCGGCGCUGGGGCUGUGGGUGCUGCUCCCAGCGGGCGCUGCCGCUGCACUGGGACGAGGGAAGGCAGCAUGCCCCCCCACCGCUGUGCCCCAUGCUGGGGAGGGUGAGGGGCAGCCCUGCGCUUUCUCUGCUCACCCCCCGUUCCCCAUCAGUGGUGUUCCUCUCCCCG